AAGAAGAGCCACAUGGCUAAGGUAGGUGGCCGAAAUUUAAUACCAGCUGUGAAUGCUCUGUGGCCAAAGGAAAGAAGAUCAUGCCCACUUCUCGCCCUGAAAGGUUACGCCGCCUCAUCUCUGACUCGACAAGAUGGGUCCAGCGGACCUCGAGAGAUCCCCCACAGACAAGGCCGUCCACGCCGAGGUGGACUUCGCGAAGAAUGCCGGCCCUGGCUCGGAACAGUUCGCCACUCACUAUGCGCCUGCCGGCGAGGCUGAGAAGCACCUGGACAGGAAGAUCAACUCAAAGCUGGACUUCAUUGUAUUGUUGAUUCUGGCCGUCAGCUUCAUUCUCUGCGGUAUCGACAAGACCAAUGUGGGAUUCGUAGCCACGAGCAGCUUCAUCAAGGACGCCAACCUGCAGCCCGACGACGUCCCAACGUCUCUGUCUCUGUUCUCGGCAACCUACGUUCCGCUGCAGCCCAUCUCCGUGCUGAUCGGCCGCCGCGUCGGGGCGCACCGCUGGAUCGCCACGCUGCUCCUGGCAUGGGGCGCGCUCUGCAUGGCCCACGCGGGCAUCCGCUCGACCGGCACGCUCAUCGCGCUCCGCCUGCUGCUCGGCGCCGCCGAGGCCGGCUUCACCCAGACCGCCUUCUACUACAUGUCGCUCAUGUACCCCAAGUUCUCCCUCGGCCUGCGCAUGGGCCUCUUCUCCGGCAUGUACUCGGUCGCCGGCGCGUUCGCGGGCCUCCUGGCCUACGGCCUGCUGCACAUCGACAGCCCGCGCGUGCACGGCUGGCAGAUCGUUUUUCUGGUUGAAGGCGGCCUGUCCGUGCUCGUGGCCAUCGUCGCCUUCCUCGUCCUCCCCGCCGAGGUCGGGACCGCGUGGUUCCUGAAUUCGGCGGAGCGAGCGCAUGCCGUCAGCCGCAUGGAGCGCGACCUCGCCGGCGCCCAGGAGGUCACCGAGUACGGCCAGAGUGAGGGCAUCACUGUGCGGGACAUUCUGGAUGUCCUGAAGGACUGGAAGAAGCUGCUGAUUAUCGUGUUCAAUAUCCUUGCGGUUCUGCCCGUUACGGCCUUUACGACCUUCCUCCCACUGGUUGUUGAAGGCAUGGGCUACUCUGGCGUGACCGCGACGCUGAUGUCGGUCCCGCCUUUCGUCGCCGGUACCGCGGGCCUGAUCCUCAUCGUCUUCUCCUCGGACCACUUCCGCGAGCGUUCGUUGCACACCGUGUUCGGCAUGCUUCUGGGCCUGAUAGGGUGCGCCGUCAUGGCCGCUGCGUCCGACCCGAAGCUGCGGUACGGAUUUGCGCAUGUAUGUCUGUCCGGCGUGUUCGCCAGCGGGCCGCUCAUCGCCGUGUGGCUGGCGGGCAACACGCCGUGGAAGACAUCGCGGUCCUUCGUGCUCGGCCUGAACGGGUACUCGAACCUGGCGGGCGUGAUUGCGGGCCAGCUCUUCAAGAGCAAGUACGCGCCGAGCUACUCGUAUCCGUUAACCGUGACCAUGAUCUUGAUUGCUGUCGGCAUGGUCGGCUUUGUCUUCAUCCGGGUCAUGUACAUGCUGGAGAACAGGAGGAGGCGCAAGAUCCUGGCCACCUGGACCGAGGAGAACUUCAUUGAGGAGAUGAGCAGCACCGAGCGGAGGGGAGACCAGCGGUACACGUUCAUCUACGGGUAUUAGCGGGUACGUACGGGGGUGGAAAGCAAUGAUGGUUGUUGUAUUUGUGCGUCCCGUCGCGCAUGCCAGAUUUACAUGUUGUUACGAGGCUCAAGCCUCAGAGAGACCUUCAGUAACUGAUUACCGCGUUGGGAAAACCGACUGCUCGCCAGUGCCUGGGUUGCGGUAAGCUCUCCUCACCGACGCUCCAUCCGCUGACCAGUCCCAG